AUGUCUUCCUUAUCCGUGAGUAACGGGACGAACGACGGUAACGGAACCGGGGUCAUAUGGUUGCCGAACUACUGGUCCAGUUUUGUUGAAAGACCAACAUCUCAACAAUCCACGUCCGUUGGUGUCUGGAUCCGCCUCGUCGGCUUGCCGCCUGUCUUGCUUCUUGGAAUUAUUGGUAACAUUCUUGCUAUAUUGGUGAUGUCCCGACCAGCUAUGAGACGCCAUUCGUUCAGCUUCUACCUUCUACUUUUGGGCGUCUGUGAUACCAUAUCUCUCCUGGUCCGGUUACUCUUCUGGAUCAACUUAUUCCUGGAGUUCAAAGGGUCUCCUGUGGUCAUCACUUUUACAAACCUACCCGCCUGCAUCAUCAGUGAAUAUUUCAUCACCGCCAACACUGUCGUCUGCUCCUGGGUUGUCGUCUGCAUCACCUACGAGCGGGUAAUUAUAGUGAUGUUUCCUCUGACCGGUACCAAAUUGUGUAAGCCAUAUAUAUCCCGCAGGGUCGUUGUUCUACUCAUCCUGUUCCCCUUCCUGUUGAUGGCCUACAUUCCCUUCAACACGAGCUACUUUCCAGACCUCGGCUGCGUCAUGCGCUACAUACCCGACAUGUUGAUGCAUUACAUCAUGGCCACGACGUUCGUGACCAUGCUCCCUCUCGCCCUAAUCUUCCUGGGUAAUGCCGUCAUAAUAAUACAACUGAAACGUCAGAGCAAAAGAAUCACCGGAACCGGAAAACGCGAAAACAAUGUUAGCCGUGUAACUACCAUGUUGGUGACGGUGUCCUUGACCUUCUUCAUUCUUGUUCUGCCCAACGCCCUAAUGGCGCUGCUGCUCGCCCUUCGGCCUGACUGGGGUAUUCUCCGAGCCGCUGUGGACCCUGCCGCCUUCCUUUGGGAUCUCAACUUUGCCAUUAACUUCUACCUUUACGUCAUCACCGGAGGCAACGUCAGAACUGAGGCGAAGGAGAUGUUUUCGUGCUUUAAGACUGGAACUACAGAAGCAGUACAACGAAACAGUGUGAUGUCACGAAAGUAA